UGACAGUCCACACUGUGAGCCCCCCCUUGUGGAAGAGCCUGCGCCUGACACCGUCUCUGUCAGGAACAACAGUGAAGAUGGAUCCUUGACUGUUUCAGAGUCCGACCCGAUCGAGGCCAUAGCUCGGUUUGAUUACUCCGGACGGACAAACCGAGAGCUGUCGUUCAAAAAGGGUGCCUCGCUGCUUCUGUAUCAGCGAGCCUCUGAUGACUGGUGGGAGGGACGGCACAAUGGAGUGGAUGGACUGGUGCCACACCAGUAUAUUGUGGUCCAAGACAUGUCUGAUGGAGGUCGGGGAAGUCCAAAGCCUGAUGUCGACUCCAGGGACCUGCUGGAGGAGAGGGUCUCCACUAGAGGGAGCGCUGCCUCUCCUACUGGAGCUCAUGUGGCUGACAUCUACCUGGCCAACCUGAACAAGUUGAGGAAGCGUCCGGAGUCUGGGAGCAUUCGAAGAACAUUCCGGGGAUCAGAGAGCGACAGUACCAGUCCUGGCACCAGCGGAGGGGGAGGGGUAAGAACAGCAUCCCUUCCGGUCGGCGGGGCUCUGGUGAAAGAAACUGGAGACAAAAGACCCGUCAGCGCUCACAGCAUCCUCAACUCAGUCACUCGCCAUUCCUCACUCAAGACCAAGGUGGAGAGUCCGCAGUUAAAGAAGACAACUUCAGCCGGACGCUCCAAGAGCUUCAGUAACCACAGACCACUGGACCCAGAGGUCAUCGCCCAGAUAGAGCACAGCUCACAGGACAUCGAUGUGUCCAUGAGCUCUGCCCUGAGUGAGCUCAGUAGGUCAGAGAGGCAGAGCACUUCCAAACAUACACACACCCCCGACGUGGUCCUGGACACACUGGAGCAGCUGAAAGGCAUGAGUGGAGGUGGCGGUGGCGGAGGAGGUGCCUCGGAGCCCUCCAGUCCGCUCCACACCCGUCUACUGCGGGAUGGUGAGGGCAGCUCCUUGCACGCUCACCCACUCCAGCGCAGCGCCUCGUCCGCCAGCGACGUACCCUCCUCCUUCCGGCCCAUCAAGAGCCAGCCGCGGAGCCCCCUGCCCUCUGCCACAUCCCCCUCCCUGUCCUCCUCCUCUCUCUCCUCCUCCGUACCUUCCUUCAGAGAGCUGCGCCCGCCGGCGACAAGACCAAAGCCGGUGGUUUUCCCAAAGAGCGGUGGAGGGAGUCCAGCGAUGGGCUCUCCGACAUCCACUGUUCCCCCAACACCUCCACUUCCACCUGCAGGCCACACACACUCACUCCCUCACACUCCUCCUCCUCCUCCUCCUCCUCCCCCUCCUCCCCAGUCCAAUGACAAAUCCUGCCCAGCUUAGAACCGCUCGACCCGAACAACAACACUGAUCCGUACAGACUCUUCUACCAGGUUGUAGAGAGUACUACAUUUGUUUCACAUAAGAGCCCUAACCCACUACUCGUGUGUAGCAUUCACUUCUUGUUGUGCAGGCGAAUGAUGCCUUGUUCCCUUUUGAGCGGUUUUCCCCGCCCUGUUCUGGCAGCUCCUGAAACUGUCACAAGGUGUAGGUCAGUUAACACCCUUCAAACACACUGGUUUUGUCUCUGUCGCCACAGAGAUUCCAGUGAUUCACAGGAUUUUAAAAUCCUUCAUAAGGGAACGGGACUCAGGAUGAACACCUCGAGCACCUGGACCUUACAUACAUUGGUUUGUGACGUGAUGAAAAUUGUGUUUGAGUGGGCAUGCAAGAGUGCUACCUGCCUUUACACACAGAGAUCCAUGUAAGGAACAAAAAGCACAGUUUGAUUUUUUGUAUAGUAGAUACGACGGUUUUUUUUCUCUUCUUAAUGACCCCAUGACUAGCGGACUGGAAGAUUUGAUUCCUGAGAGUAGACUGUGAAAUGCUUAGUUCUCGCUCUGUGUAGAAAUGACACACUGACUUGCUGCUUCAGAAGACUGGGGAGAAACGUGGAUGGUGAAAGAAAACUGGGCCAAAUAUCAGUGUAAGUCAUGUGAUCAAGAGUUUUAUUUGACUUUUUUUUUUCCUCCAGUGUUUGAUAUGUUGGUGAUUUUUUUUAAAAUUACUGUUCAGUACUAGUACCACAACAGGAGCAUAACGGUGCAGUUAUUCUCCAAUAUACUUUAAUGGCCAACAGUAAUUCUAAAUCCAUAUAUAGCAAUAAGAAAAAAAAAAGAGGAAGCUGGUAUUUUGAAGCAUUCUGCUGCUUCUCUCCUGCAGUCUUGUUAUGUGUGUAGGGGACCACUGAAACCCAGCAUUUUUAUAUGUGAUGUUGGACUGUGCACACACUCGCAUACACAUGUUUUCCAAGUCGGUGUGUGGUAGUGUUUCGUGGCAGCUAAACGCCCUUUCAGGUUUUCCUCGCAUGCUGGGGCCACACAGACGGCUGCCACAGUGGCGAGCUGGCUGGUUGCAUCAGUCUAUGUAUCCGCAGUACCAGCUUCAAACAAAGACCCAGCUUGCUCCUUUAAAUAUAUACUUAACAGAAAAAAGGGUUUUUAUUAUUCUAAUGGUGUGUAUGUAUGUUUAAUAAUCUAUAACUGGAAGCAUGGAGCUGAGGAUCCGCCACAACCAACCACCUCAUCCAGUGAGCUCUGAAGCAACGUUUGUUUUUAUUACUACUUUUUUUGUUUAUUAAUGAUCAGAAUAGGUUAUGGUAUAAUGUGGAGCUGUGGGUGUGCGCCUGUUUGAGCAUGUGUGGAGUGUAUAAAUCUAUAUAUAUAUAUAUAUGCACCUCACCACAGCCUUGUUCCACUCAUCAUAAAGGGAUGCUACCCAACAGCAGCAGCUGCCCGCAGAUUCACAGGAAAAAUGCACGUCUCUCUUCUGGAGUACCAGCAGCCUGAGUAAAUAUGCACUGUGUAUGUGUGAUCAGGUAAAAAAAAAAAAAAAAAAAGCCUGCAGGGAUACAUGAAACGUUGUCUUUUCUUCAGUUACUGCUGUAACACCAGUGGCAGCCCAGCUUUACCUAGAAACAGGAUGAGGAAUUCCGACUCCAAGGACUCAAACAGACUCUUCUUUUUUCCUGGUAUUAUUUGGUGAUGGAAAAUGCGAUAUGUUGUAAUUUUUUUUUAAUAUUAACUUCAAAUGUGGAGAUAUAACAUUCAGGGUAAACUGAAUAAAGCCUUUUUUUUCAUUGUAUUUCACUUUCUUGAGAAAGUAUUGAACUAAUUGUUGCCCUGGUGUUCCCUUUAAUCACACUUUUCCCUCCUCCACAAGUGUUUCCCCAAGAAUACAGCACAUACUGCAUUUCUGUAUAUGCUCUUCACCAGGUAAUGAAUUAUAAUUGUUAAACGUUUUGUUUUUCUUAAUCUCUGUAUACUGUUUGUGUAUCACCUGGUAUAUUUGUGUUGCUCUUACCUCAUCGUGACAACUGGAGGGACUGUGACCGUGCAAGUGUUUGUGGUCAACGGGCUCACACACACUCAUACGUAACAGACACGCAUGUGGGUGGUUGGUGUGUUUUGUCCUGGCUGUGCUGUCGAGAGGAGCUGGGACCCUCUGCGAUCUCAAAUCAAUCAUGCACUUGAACAACUUUUGCUUGUGUGUGGACUAACUGUGUGGGGAUGAUUUGUUGGAGUUGAAUAUUGUUAAAUAUGCAUUUUUUUGUGUCCAUUUGAAAACAGCAGAACUAAAAAAAACAGACUGUAAUGUCAAAUCUAUUUAUAGUUGUCUCUGUAUUAUUGGAGAAUCCUGUGUUCAGAUGUACUUUGUAUAUACAAUGUUGUACAUUACAGAGGUACACUCUUUUUUUGGUACAAUAUUGUACAGUAAUAGCAAUAGUAGUUUAAUCAAAUAGGACUUAUAUAAUUCUAUGUGUAGUUCUUGUAGUAGAUUUGUUUUUUAAUAAACAUUGCUUGCUAUAAA